UUGGAAGAGUAAGAUGAAAUACGAAAAUGUAUCUGGAAAUGCAGACACGCGUAGUGGCAAACUGAUGUUAAAUUAAUAGCACGGCGAAUUUAUCUCAUUUAUGAAUAACGGCAAUGUCUUUCUUCCGUCGCAAAUCAGAAAAGAAGAAUGAUAAAACCAAGUCAACCUCAGCUUCUGAAACGAAGAAAGCACAAGCACAUAUGUUCAAUGAAACAACAGGAUUUGACAAUGAAGCUGGAUCUGCCAAUAGAAACUUGCUCUUACUACAGGAUGAAUUUCAUCCUGGAGACCUAGGUGUGAGUCUGAAUCCGGAAGGUGAAUACAGGAAGGAGUCUAAGUUAUGGAGAGGCUUGGAUGCCACAAUACAUGACCAUGAAGCAGUGCCUUACCUUAUACAAUACCUGGAGUCAUGCAAGGCCUCCCAACUCAUCCGGUUCUGGCUAGAUGCUGAGAGCUUUCAAGCAUCCACUUGGACCCGGAUCAGAACUCACUCUCUUCAGUUUGUAAGCAAGAGCUCUUUGAUUAAGGACAGACAGGUUUCACCAAGUCCUUCAUUGACAAGAUCUAUAAAUAAAGAUAUUACAAGUCCAGGUUCUGUUGACAGUUUAGAAACUGGAUGCCAGAAUAAAGCAUUUACGUCAAAGGAAUCAGAUUCCAAUAGUUCAAAUCCUGUCCGGAAAGUGAUUGUUGAAAAUGGCAGUGUCAAGGAACAAUGUGCUUCUAGUAAAGGUGUAAACCUGCAUACUAGCAGUGUUGAAAGUGGAGAUACAAGUGGUGCUAUAACUGUCCUGAAUUCUAAUGACUGUGACUGUCGUGAUAGAGAGAAGUGUAAACCAGGGACAUGCAGGAAAAAUCUGGAUCUUCCAUUACAAAACUGUGAUAAUAGUGCAAGCAAUGAAACCGUCAGUGCAAUAUCUUAUAGGGACCUUGCAACUCCAAGUCCACCAACAGAAGGACAGCCCACCGUUCAUUCUAAAACAGACCAAACCACCUCUAGUUUGGCCGAAAAACUGAAGAAAAGUGUUGAGCAGGAUGCUGUACGAAUAUUCACCAAGUACCUGGCGCAGGAGGCCACACAUCCCAUCGGUAUCAACGAUGAUCUCAGAAACAACACUAUCAGUAAGAUAUGCAGGGAAGAUGGACAGGUGGAUCCAGAGUGUUUUGCCGAGUGUCAGAAAUUUGCCAUACAUAAAAUUGAAGAGAAGUACUUUGCUGACUACAAGGAGAGUGUGUAUCACUGCAAGUAUCAGGUUGACGUUCUCACAGGAGGGAAACUGCACAUCAACGAUGUCAUCUACAACGAGCAGGCACUCUUCUACUUUAUGGAGUACCUGGAGCAGGAGGGGCUAUGUGACUUAUUGCAGUUUCUCAUUGCCAUGGAUAACUAUCAUGAUCUCCUCAGUCAUAGCGACUCAUACAGUGGGGACGUCGCACAGAAUGAUGCCAUGGUCAUAUAUGACAAGUACUUCUCCCUGCAGGCAUCAGUGCCACUUGGGUUUCCGGAUGCUGUAAGGUUUGAGGUAGAGGGGAAUAUCUGUCGAGAGGAAGGGCCGCUACCAGACUGCUUUGCCAGGCCAAGGCAUAUUGUCCUUCACACGCUAGAGAAGCGUCACUUCCAGCAGUACCUGACAAGUGACAUCUACUACAAGUACCUGUCAGAGCUGGUGUCUGCUGUCCAGACAGCCCAGGAUUUCCCGCUUGGUCAGACGAGGAAACGUAGAGGCAGCGAGAGUUCAUCUGAGCACAGUGUUGGAGGUCAGUCUGUGACGAGUGAGAAAAGUAUGAGCUCGCGAAACACACUUCUAGCCUCUGGCACGAGUCGCCCCAUGCAGCUGAGUCGUCUUGAGGAGAACAUGAGGAAUAUGGACCUGGACGACACCCUCCUCAACCCUGACCGCCUCUGGGAGAGGAAACAUGCAGGUGGUAUGAGCCUGGGCCAGAUAGAUAUCCUUGGUCAGUUUGUGUCCAGGUUUGACCCAGACCCAGAAUCCCAGGGCACCAGCAAGAAUAAGCCCAGUGGUGGAGCCCGCUUCUUCAAGAGCAAGAAGGAUAAAGAAAAGGAGAAGGAAGAGAUGGCGAGAAAGGUGGCGGAGAUGAUCUUGAAAGAUGUCGCUUCCGUCAACCAGGCGAUAGGUGCAAUAAAAAACCCUGCAAUACACACCAACACUGAGAUGAUGAAGAAAUCCUGACACUCACUCUUGUGAUAAAGCAUUCCUGUGAUAGAAGUGGUGCAACAUGAUGAGAGUUUAUCUGCCAGACCUUUAAGAGGAGUUAUCUAUAUUUGAUACAGCUACCAUUGACAUUCACACUCACAACAGUAGACCUAAUGCUACAUUUGUAAGCAUUGACCAAGACAUGGUGUGGCCUUGGGUGUAUGUACUUCACUAAAUCUGUAUAUAUUGAACAAUCAAGGGUUCUAUUCACCGCAUUAUGAGACAUGUUGAGACUCAUAGCCUUUAUUCCUACUGACAUUAUCUUGUAAUACAGUGCUAUCUCAUGUGUCUUGCAUUCUAAGGUUGUAUUUUUGUAUUGAUAAGAAAGUGCCAAUUAUACAUUAACGUACUGCUCAGUUUUAAGAAUGAUGUUAAUAUAAUGGCCUCUGCUCUAAUAGAAUGUGGUAACUUGAUAAAUCUGUUCAACAGGCAAAAUCAUUGAUUUCUAUGUACAUGUAAUAUAUGUUAAAACUUUAGUGGUGAAUAAGAUGAAAUGGUACUAAAGUUCUCUAAAUGAGAGUUGGUGCAAUGUAGAAGGUUUAACAUAUUUGAGGUGUUAUAUGUUCAGAGUGUAUGUACAAUUGGCCUUAAUUGAUUUCAUUGUUCUUUACUUUUAAGUUUAAAGUGUUUCUAUUUUUGACUAUAAAUUUUCAUCUUAGAGGGCAUUUUCUUUUGCAUCUUUGUAUACAUGUAUUUUAAAUCAGAUGCAAUGUUUUGUUGCGAAAUGACAUUGAAGACACUAAGUAUUUCUGUCAUGACAACCAAAAUUCGUCAGAAUGGCAAAAAUUGAUUUGUAAGUACUAUAAUGGCAGUUCAAUUUCAAGCCUGAUUCUCGUUUCUCUAAUGUUAACCUUCCAAUAUUUCUGUUUUAUUUUAUGAAAGGUAGUAGUCAACACUAUUAGUUUUAGCGACUUUAUUUGAAAAGCUCAGGAAUCUCUUGGAUAGCAAAUUUCUUGUUAUUUGAAAAGCUUGCAUAAAUCUCAUGGACUUUUUUAUCCAGUCUACUUUAAAUAUGACAUGUGGGUUAAUACUUACUUCAGAAAAUAAAGACUAAAUUGCUCUACUAAAUAAGGUCCAUCAAAUGUCAAUCCUUUUAAGUAAUAUCAAAAGUAUGCAAAAUUGCAAUAAAAAAUAUAUUUUGGAAGAUCCAAAUAUUGAAAAUUGCUCUGUUAUUAAGCUAUCCUGUUUAUUCCUUCCUGUCUGUGCAUUUAAACCCAUCCUCUGCUAGUAACAUCUUGUUACUGUUAUUGUAUAUUGCGUGUUAAUGGGAAAUGUUAAUGUCCUUGCCACUAUGAAUUUGCUGUCUUAUUUUGUUGGGCAAAUGGGAUCAAAUAUCAAGUUCUUUUAAAUGUCACUGUGUCUGUUGACACUCUUCUUGUCUUUAUUUCUUUGUUUUCACAGUUAUUCAUGUCUUUCACAGACAGCAAAGUGAAGUUUCAACUUAUCUUUAUACUUGUAAGAUUGCAACAUGUUCCAAAAUAUUGCAAAAUAAUAUUUGAACAUUAAGUGUAGCAACAAAACAUGCUAACUUACUGUAAACAGUAAAAUACAGGAGUGAUCAAGCUGAUUAAGACAUGUUCUUUUUAAAAUGUUGCUUGUUGGUAAGGUUGUUUUUUGUUUUUUUUACUUUUUACUAUUUCCCAGAUCAAACAACCUGCCAAAUUAUGGAAAUAUGCAUCUCACUUAUACAAUGUGAGGAGGCUGGCCUAUUCUAGUUCUAGACACUGACCAAUAUUGGCCAUUGACAAAGGAUAUGUAGCAUGAUAGGGAAACUAUCUCUGAACCCUCUCUGCUGAUGCAUAGUUUGAAUAGUCUACUGCUGCAGACAUCUUUCAAAUCAAUCAUGUUGUUGACAGACAAGCUCAGAGCCUUUCAUUAGAUUUGAAAUACGAUGUUUCUUGCAAUGAAAGAAAAGAAUAUUUUUUUUGCUCUCCAUUAUUUUUCAAACUCAAGCGUGAUAUCUCGUGUCUUGAAAUGUCUGAUGUCGUUUGUCCCACAAUGCAAUAAAAAGCAUCUUCCUUCUCAAUUGAUUGAUCGACAAGAUCUCUAAGUACUAGUUUUGAUUGGGUGUUUCUUUCCUUUCUUUUUUUCUUCAUUUCUCUUGUUCUUAAGGUAAGCAUGAUUAGAAGAAAUUCACAAUUUCUGGUGCAAAAUGUAUAGUAUUGAUAGUGGUAUAAAAACAAUUCUAUUUUGGAUGUCAUUAAAAGUUAAUAGCAGGAUGUUUAAUCUGGAAAUUACAGACAAGAUUACAUGGGUACUCCUGUCUGCUGAGGUUGCUUCUUCGGAUCUCUCAAAAUGUGUACUUGCAAAAUAAAACAUACAGUACUUUCAGUUUCAAAGGCAGGCAUGUUGAUUGCAAUUGAUUUGGCAUUGAUAUUAUUUUGAUGCAUUUUCAACUUGUCUGAUUUUCUAAGAAAAAAGGUUGGGCUCUUGAGUUGCCUGUGUGUUCUUGGUCUCAUAGUGCAAAAGCAUUAAUUGUGGUCAUAAUUCAAAAAUUGUUUCAUGAUAUUCAUAUAAAAUGAAAACAUGUUGCCAGAGACCAUAUGCUCAUGUUUGACAGAGAAAAACAGUUGUGUGUUAAUGUUGCUUUGUCACCUCUUGUUUUAGUUUAUCAUCUUUUACUGGUUGUAAACACUGAAUAGCAAGCAUAUCAUCUUAAUGAAAAUGUGAAAUUGCUCAGUUGGCGAGGUGUCAAAAAAAAAACAAAAAAAAACAGAACAAAUUACAUGUCCAUCACUGGUCAAACUUCUGGUUACAUGCAAGGCUGUACCAUUUGUCAUCCAUCCUUACCGACUACAGAAAGGUUGUUGGUCGAAAGUCUUUGACAUAUGUUUUUGUGGUGCAUACGAAACAUCGCAUCAACAAUUUUCAUAUUCUUUACCAUCACUUGCAUUAUUUGGUGGAUGUUGAGGAAUAUAAUUGAAUGGAUUUAAAAUAUAUUCAUGGGAAAUAAUCUGCCUUUUUUGUCAGACUUGCAAGAAAUGGCUGAGAAUGGCACUCCUAUUGUAUAGAAAUCACCAAAAAUCAACAUGAUUUGUAUAUCAGUUGUGGAAAUGUCUAUUUUCACAAAAUCCUUGGAGAUGAUUGGUUGUAGAAGUUAACAACUAAAUUAGUAAUAGCAUGAGUUAAUAAUCACUUACUAAGUGCUAUAAAUAUGAUCCUUUGAGGUAUUGGGACUGUUGUUGAAUCCUUGCUGUCCGUUUUGGAAGUUGUAAACACUCAAUGGCAAGCCUAUGACUUCAAAAUGUGUCUUUUUUUAUGGAAACGUUUUGGAUCACCUGAUUAUUCAGGGUGGGUUGUCUGUCAUCAACAAUUUGGCCUUUUGACAUUCUAGAAUGGACAAUUUUGGACCAAUGCUUCUGAAAAUUGGUUAGAAAGAUUGUCUUGAACAUUCUCGAAUACUGGUCAUUUCAAACAUAAGUCCCUAAUUUGUCCCUGCCACAGCUCAUUAUUUUUAUUUUGUUUAAUUAACUUAACAAACAACAUUUCCAUAACAUGAAGCCGUAGCCUCAUUGGCAGGUGCAUGAUGGGAACAAACAUACUUACGAAAAUGAAGUUGACGCUAAAUUAUUGUAAUAUAUUCUAUAUCUUGUUGAACAUGACCUACUCCCAGCUGGCUGAAUUUUUCCGCCACAGAAACUUAGUUUCCCAAAAAAUUAGAUAGCUGGUUCCCAUGAAUUAAAUGUUUUUGACUCUAUUUCAUGUAUUUCAAAAUGACAUCGCGUAAAGAAUCUAAAUAAAGCACCAUAAACCUUCUUAUGUAGUGUUUAUAACAAUAAUAAUAACAAAGAUUUCCAAUGUCCAAGCAGCAUGAUUAAUUCAUGUUUUUGCCCACAAUUUACCUGGGAAGGCUGGCCACCUACUGGCUCUCUAUUCUGAGAACAGCGCCACCAGAGGUCAGUGUUUUUUUUUCAAGAUGCUGGGAUAAUGACCUGUUGAAGACAACUGCUGUACUCCAUAAGCCAAUCUAUUUGGGCCAUUUCUGCCUCACCUUUUGCCUGCCUUGUAUUGUACAAUUCUUCUGUGUGUAGGUGCUCCAGUUUGGGAAAAACAGAUUGAAUUGGAUUUGUGAAUUUUACACAUCCACAUGGAGUGUCAUAACACUAGCAAUCUAACAUCUUGUAUUCUCUAUCGAUAACCACGAUCAGACAGGAACGAUUGUUCAAUUUCUCCACAUUUCUUGCGAGAUAUGUGUUGAACAGGUUUUUGCCCUCGCUUGUGGUCACUAUAUAAGUUUUUGGCAAAUUUCUUUAUUGUCAAAAUUUCUUCUGCUGUUUUCAGGUGUGUUAUUGUGAAUAACUUUUUCAGGGUAGCGGCUUUCACAUCAUCUGGUGUAAAGUGAUACUUUUCUUCACAGAUCACAAGUUGCCGCAAAUGUGGAAAUUAAAUCUUUGUUUUCAUGAUCACUCCAUUUUCGACAUAUCUUAGGUACUGGGAUCCUGAUGUUGACUGGGUUUUAAACUUGACUCCUGCAUAUUCAAUUGUUGCCACAGAGACAGAAUAAAUAACAUCUGAUGGAAUUGUCUUUUUGACAAAUACACCAACUUUUGAUCUUCAAGGAUGUCAUCGGUAUUUGGUGCUUUGAAAUCUCUUGUCACAGUCUCAACUAGCAUUUGAAUCAGGGCAUUGUUUAUCUUUGGUAAACAUGUUUUGUUUUUGUUUUUCUAAUAAGGCCCACAUUUAAAAUGUUCAUAUAGGAGACUUGUGGUGAAUGCUGCACACGAAGAAGCCCCAUUUAAAUAGGAAAAUGGUAGACUUGAAUUGACAGCAGUUAACAUCAGAGUAUAUCCAUCCUUUCCACCAAGCCUUUCAGCAAAACUUAUUGCACCUACUUCAGUACAUUACUGCAUCAUAUCGUAGUUCAUGGCAAAUGUUCCAUUAUUUUUUCGUCCUUCGACCAUGAAUUGUUGUAACUCUUCCCAUUUACAACCUAUAAUUUCGGCAUUAAGCAUUUUCAGUUCUGUUUCUUCUCGACUUGACAUCAACAGUGACUGUAGAAAUUUGAAGAAAAUUGCCAUAUGAAGCGUGACAGCCAGUCUUCAUAUGUACCUGGUGACCAUUUCUAUAUGUUCAGCAGAUAUGAGCUUCUUCCACUCAUGAAACUAUUCAUCUCUUAUUGAUGGAUGUGCAAAAUUCAAGCAUAUUUGUUCGGACUGCAAAGUAUUGUUAUUUUCGACUUACUCAGAUGAAGAACAGGGAACUCGAAAAAGGCAAAAAAAUGUGAUAUCUUGGAUUGUUGUCUUGGAGUCUAAGAAGAAUUGCUGCGAUUUUGUGAUAUGGUGCAAAUAUGAUCAAUCUUAUGUGUAUCAACAUAACAGUUUUCUGUCUUCAUCAGGACAUCAUCCAGAUUUUCCUUCAGAUUCUUUAUGUCGUGAUCCCUUCCCAAUGCUGGUGGUGGGUAUUUGGUGAUAAGGGGUGGAGGUUUGAACUGUUGGAAACCCAGACUGUUCAAUAUCAUACAGUAAUCAUCAUCUUUAUCUAUUGUCAGUUCUAAGUGGGUUGUAUGUCUCCCUGAAUCAUUUCCAUCCCAGUUUUCAGGAAUCUCAGAUAUAUCAUCCAUCAAUCAUAUUGGCAAUAAAUGAAUCUUUGAGUAUUGUGCUUUCCAAAUCAGAAUCCACUUAAAUUUUGUGAAUAGACACAUGGUAAUUCUAAUUAACACCUGUUUGACUUACUUCCGGCUUUUCGGAGUGUAAACAUUCACCUGUGUAAUAAAGUCAGUGCUUAUACUAAACAGUGAAAAGUUAUAUCCAAAAAAUGAUUUUUUGCAAGUGCUAUGAACUAAAGUCAUGUUUUUAACCUGUAUCCUUCAGAUGAAAAAGCAGAAGUCUAUUACUUCUUAACAGGCUAAAUUAAAUAGUGUCCGUCUUAGUUUGGCUAUGUCUUGCACAUCUAAUUUCUGCUUUUUAGUGUAAGGUGUCAAGUUUUUCUUCAAAAUCUUCCUUUCAUCUUCUUUAUCCUUGUCAAUUCUUUUCUUUGAAAAAUGUCCCUUUUUUCUAGCUACGUGAAUCAUUGUUAACUCAAAAACUAAAAUAAAUAAAUUAAUAUAUAACUGAAGGCUGUGGCAUGGACUUGAAUUAUUAUUUCAAAUCAGAGUUUAUUUUAUCCCAUAGAGGUGGAGACAUGUUCUGCUGCAGAUUGAACUGGUCGUCAUAUGUACGCCAUGCAUAGCCUCCUUGGCGUGCAGAACUUGAUGGUAUUCAUGUACCCUAACAGUUUCCAUGCUUUGUUGAGGGUCUUGCACAGAAAGAUGCCCAUGAAUACCACAAAGGCAUGUGCCCAUUUCUCUAUGUCACUUUGUCCAUGCAUGACCUGGCUUUAGACUCUAGGACCCCUUGCUCAUUCAACCGUAUAACAUCGCUCUCAUUGCACAUAGCUGUGAGCUCAAUUGAACCUUUUAACAGUACGGCAAGAUUAAUUUAUUCAGUAUUCCAUAUCAUGUUACAUAUCUGGACAGAUAUAUGAGCAGAAAGUCCAUCCCCACCACACCUUAAUAGUUCUGGCAGAGUAACAAAUGGCUCACAUGUAUGAGCCCGUAACGCUUUCCCAAAAUCAAUAAAGGGACCAAUAUUAUCACCUUCGGCUUCUGUUUCCACCUCUUCCACAUCCGGGACCAAACGCACUACCUCCACCACCUCACAUUCCUGGUUUGGCACUUUGCCCUUGUCUGCGUAUCCUUUGAAGCGGGCUCAGGGUUAGUUUUAACUUGUUCACCCUUUACCUAUGCCUGGCAUUCCGAUAAGCUUGUGUGAAUAGUCUGAGACAUGUAUAACAUGUAGCAGAUAGCAGUUGGUUGAUUAAAUUCAAUUUUUCAAAAAAUUCAAAUACAAAUUAAAACAUUUUUUGGCUAGAGUAUGAAAACAGAAAUAAGUUUUUGAUAAUCAGGUGAAUAUUCAGGACUUUAAGGCACUGUUGUUACUUAAAUUGUUUGUAUCAUUUUGCAUUUCAAGUCAGAGCUGCAAUAGUGCUAGCUAUUGUGAUAACCUUGCGUAUAGGUACAUAGUGAAUGCUUGGUACUAGCGUGCCUGUGUGGUAUGUAGUCAACAUGUAUCCUUGUAUACACACUAUAAGCCUGAUUUUAGCAACAUGUUGAAUGAUAUUUAUUGCAAAGAAACAUUCAUUGUUUAAGGUGUGAAAUUCAGGGCAAUGAAAAAUAAUUAAAAUUCCAUACAAUUUUGUUAGUUUUUUUUAAUAUUUUUUUACGAUUUCCAUUUGUGCAGAAUGAUGUUUGUGAGCUUGAUCCUUGCUGCUGCUGUGGUUCUUUUUGCAUUGAUGUUUUUAGUGCUGUAAAUUUUUAUUUACAUAAAAGAGGCAUUCUGACUUUUUCACCAGCAGUGAGAUUUAUCAGCCUGUAUGAGUAAUGCAUCAUUAAAAUCCAGGUCAUUUUGCCCGUUGACGAUCCCCAAUGGUGCUGAUUAGACUGGUGCAGGCUGAUGUUAGUCAGUCCAGUUCGAAGGUGUGAUCUGAGAGUUAAUGCAUCUGAGAUUUCCUCUACAUGAUUGGGAUUCUGUUCCGAUCAAGAUUCAGCUAUUGCUACAUUAGGAGCGCCAUACAUGUGUCAUCUUCACCUCUGAGGAGCUCUCAGUUUCCCCAUACCCUUCCUCUUACUACCCUUGUUUAUAUAUACAUUCUUCUUUUCCAUGAGUAUUAGCUAUAUGUUUUUAUGUCACCUGUAUGGCAUUGCAGACAAUAAGUGAUUAAGUUGUAUGAAGGCUGCCCUGUCAUCAUCAUUUUGAUGCACAUUUAGCAACAAAACAUUGCCUCUGCCCUUUAUUUAUAUUCUGUUGAACUAUCAACAAAAAAAUCUUAAACAACAAAUUACUAAAAAUAGUAUGUGAUGAAAAAAUGUGUAAAAUGUGAUUUAGAGUUAAACAUUUUACUGACUUCCCAUUUAAAUAUGGUGUUGGUCUAAAAAUUAAAAAAAAACAAAACAUAUUAAUAUGUUUUCAAGUAUUUAUUACUUUUUGGACAGAACAGGCUGAGGUUUGCCCACAAUAAGAAUGAACUGUUUUUGCUAUAUGACCAAUGUUAACUGCUUAUAUUUUGCAUUAUUUUUAUAAGGUGGAAAUGUGUUUUGUAUAGUAUGCUUGUUGAUUAAAGAAUUUGUUGUUAAUUUCAUGUUAAAUAAUAAUCAAAAUAAUGUUAUCAAAUGAGAAUAAAACAUAAAAGACUA